AUGAGGCGCCAUCCCAUAUAUCUUCAAAAACAAAUAGACAGUGAAAUUAUACGCUUAGAGGAAGCUGGAAUUAUCGAGUCUGUGGAAGGACCGCAAGAAUGGGUAUCAAAUUUAGUAGCCACACCCAAAUCAGACAACUCAGUACGACUAUGCUUAGAUGCUCGCAGCAUCAACACUGCGAUACAAGGAGAAAUUCAUCCAAUACCGACCCUCGAAUCUAUACUUGAUGACAUGCAUGGGGGUAAAAUUUUCAGUAAAAUAGAUAUGAAAGAAGCAUACACACAAAUAGACCUUGAGGAAGAAUCGAGAGAACUGACAAAUUUUCACACGUCUUUCGGCAUUAAAAGAUUUAAAAGAUUGUGCUAUGGAAUAAACAAUGCUUUUGAAGUAUUUCAAAGAUCGUUGGAUCAAACCAUUGGUAAAUUACGUAAUGUGAAGUGUAUUUCGGACGAUAUUAUUGUUUACAACAAAAAUUAUGCCGAACAUUUAGAAACUUUAAAAGAGUUAUUUACAAAAAUAAAAGAGCUAGGACUGCGUUUAACCACACGAAAAUGUGUUUUUAUGAAAGAGUCAAUCUCAUUUCUCGGGGUUGUUAUUUCUUCGGAAGGAGUCAAGCCAACCCCAGAGAAAAUCCAAACACCGCUAAGAUUAUUAUUAAAGAAAGGUACGAAAUUCAUAUGUGGAACUGAGCAACAAAAAGCAUUUGACGAGUUGAAGGACUGUCUAGUAAGCAAUAAAGUAUCGAUAUCGAGAUCAUUAACAGAAACCGAAAAACGAUAUGGUAUAACAGAAAAAGAAGCACUGUCUGUAGUUUGGUGUAUUGAAAAAUAUCAUCAUUAUUUAUAUGGUAUGAAAUUUAAAUUAACAGUUGAUCACAAACCACUUCAGUUUAUAUUUAAACCGCAAGCAAAGUUAAGCUCACGAAUAGCGCGUUGGCAGCUAAAGUUACAAGCAUACGAUUUUGAUAUCAACUAUUUUUGUGGAGAGCAAACCAUUACCGAUUUUCUGUCACGACAACGAAAUGCUCAACCAUUGGACGAAGAUCGCACAAACCAGUAUAUCAACUUUAUUACGAAACACAGCACACCAAUGUCAAUUAGUCAAAAUGAAAUCAGAAAUGAAACAUCUAAGGAUUGUGAACUUCAGUUAAUCUCAAAUGCAAUUAAAACUGGAAAUUGGGACAACCUUAAAGAAUACAAAAUUAUGCAACAAGAAUUUUGUGAAGUCGAUGGAAUUAUUCUUCCUAUCAACAUUGCCCACCAAGGACACUUAGGUGUUCAAAAAGUCAAGAAUUUACUUCGCAGCAAAUUUUAUUGGAAAGGCAUGGAAAGUCAUAUAACAGAAGCAUUAUCGAAAUGUAGGGCCUGUCAAUCUGCAGGACCUUACCAUGCACCAACACCACUAAUACCUUCACCAUUACCAAACCAUCCAUGGAAGGAACUAGCUAUCGAUGUAUUUGGUCCACUACCAUCUGGAGACAAACUGUUAGUAGUAAUCGACCUGUAUUCAAGAUAUCCUAUCGUGGAAGUUGUGAAAAACACUAUUACUUCAAAUAUGAUCAACAAAUUAGAGAAAAUAUUUUCGUUAUUUAGAUAUCCAGAGAAAGUUCGUAUCGAUUGUUUUACAUUAGUGACGGUUGAUCCGCUAUAUGCGAGCGAUGCUAGUGUUAAGUUUUGGGUUUCUAACGGAGGUGCUGAUAGGCCUGAUUUUAAUGAGUUUAAAACACAUGUACCACAUCAAACCAUUGCACCGUCCUCAAUUUUUCAUUCUUCUAGCACCUCCACUUCCACCUCCAUCGAUUCAAUCAAGAAACCUUACGAUUUUUCUAAACACUUCUCAAAAUUUACAGAUUUUUAA